AUGACUGGGAUCAAUCCCCUACGGCUGUUCAGGAAAUGGAUCUCGAGCUCUAUCGGUUUUUCUCACGGAGAUGAAGCAUUUGACCCUACGGUCCAUCUGAAUUACUCGGCCCCACGGAAGAAGUACACCAUGCAAGAGCUGUCUUUGAAACAAGCUCCCACUACCUCUUCCAUUGCAGGCUCAACACCGUUCCCGCUGCUGUCACACGAGGGCGUGAGGGCCUACAGAAGGGCUCUGUUCCGGUCGGAUGUUCUCGAUCAAUGUGCUAGUUCCCCGUUUCCAGCCACGUUAGUCCUGCGCGAUGCUGGGAAACACUCCAGAUUCAUUCGAGAUUUUUGGGAACAUCCUGAGACUAUGAGGAUCGUCUCCGAAGUAGCGGGUGUUCCUUUGGAAGUGGUCAUGCCGGCGGAGAUAGGGCAUACGAAUAUCCAAGUCGAGGGAGACACCGUUGCGGAAAUGGCGAGUAAACUCCAGGUUGAGCCAGCUGUGGAGAAGGUGGACGUGAGUCCGGAAGAACGAGAAUAUGAUCCACUGAGCGAUGAUGCCGCCGUCAUCCCAUGGCACUAUGAUUCUUAUCCGUAUGUUUGUGUGUUGAUGCUGAGUGAGACCGAAGGGAUGAUUGGAGGAGAAACGUAUAUCAAGAGAGGCGACAGGACGGCUCAAAAGGUAGAAGGGCCGCAGAUUGGCCACGCAGUGAUGCUCCAAGGUGGCGAGGUGCAGCACCUAGCGGCUCGAGCCCGAGGAGUCAAGGAACGCAUUACCACCAUCACCUCGUACCGAUCCAGCAUGCCAGCCUGCUAUGACUCCAGCUACAUGACCAACAUCCGGCCAUAUGCAGAUCUGGAUUGUAUCUACUCAGAAUGGACCCAGUACCGUUUGAGAAAGUUGAGAGAUGAAAUUACCCAGUUUCUCAACAAGAUAGAAACAGACCCGACAUUGUCUCUAAACCAGGCGGGAAUUGAUGAGCUCAUAACGGCGCAGAUCCGAUAUAUCCAGCGGACCUCAAGACAGAUGGUUCCUGUUGAAUACCAAAGACAAUUGCUGAGCAAGUACGGCAAGGCGACGUACUACAACGCUCCGAGGAUAUGGGAGAUUGUCCAAUCGCUGCCGGAAUUUGAACACUUUGCGUCAUGUGCCGACGAUGAUCGAUGCUGGAUGCCGAGGAGUGUCUACUGGAGUGAUAUGCAGAGCUCAGCCGAGGGUAUCCGAUUGGGGGAAAGCCUUGAGAGUGCACUGGGGAACUUCGUUUGGGACAAAAAGCGAAGGUAUUUCAUGGGAGACGAACUGCUGCGGCAGGGAUUGAAUGAAGUGUUUCUGGACUGGUUGGAUAGUUCAGGCCUGUGGGACAUUUAUUGCAAAGCUAUAUGA